AACUACAGGCGCCGCCCUUCUUCCUCCCCCGCUGCCUUCACCUUCCCCUCCCAUUUCCCCACCUCCACCCGCCACCCCGCCACCAGCGUCGCCCUUCUUCCUCCCCCAGCCACCACCGCCCCCGCAUCCGGCGACCACCAUGGCGCCCCCCCACCGAGCCGGCCACCGCCUCCCACCACACAGGCCUCCGAUCUGCCCCGCCGCGCCGGACGGCUACAGAAGCACCGACCCCGUGAUUCCCCUGGACGGCCGGGGACCGGCGCCUCCGUCUGGCCUCCUCCCCAGCCGGCCCGCUGGAUGGCCGGCGCCGCGACGUCCCCGAACAGCGCGCCCCCCCCCCCCCCCCGAGCCACCUCUGGAUGGAUGCGGUCCGCCCGUCGCCGGAUUUGUGAUAGGCCACGUCUUCAACCACCGCGACGUGAUGGGGUGCCGGAUCAGGGUGGUUUCGGGGGUCAAGAAGCCAUUGACCUCGCCGGAAAAUUGCUCUUCCCUCCUCCCGGAUGCCUGGGGCGCUGCUACGCCAGGCGCCGGAUCCCUCGGCCACCGCUGCGCCAGGGGACGGAUCCGUGCUCUCUCCCCCGCCGCUGCCAAACUCCUCCCACCGGUCGCGACUACAUGCGCGGGCGUCACGGAGGUUCAUACCACGGACAUGGCUCCCGUGCAGUGCGCCUCUCCCCUUCCCCGAGACGCGCAUGACAGCUCUAUCUCCCUUUUGCAGUGCACACAGCUCCUUUAUCCUCCCCCUCUCCCCUUCCCCGACGUCCCACCGGCGACACCCGUCGAGAGAAGACGACCAGCAAAAACAAAGGAGUUGGCUAUGAUGGGGACGACGGCUCAUCCCGGCACGGUUCUGCUUGGCACGCGAUGGGUUCAGGUGUGAAGAUGCGAUGGCUGUGUAAAGAAAAAAUGAGUGUGUGUGAAAGAAAUAUGGUUGUGUUGUUUUUCAGGCACGUGGACGAGAUUUUGUUUACAAAAGCAGUUCAUCUCGAGUUGUGUUGCGGCUCAUUU